GACAUUCUCCAGGGUGAUGGAGAAGAUGUAGCUAAUUGUCGGGCCUGGAGAUAUAAAACGUUGCUCGGGUGAAAACGUUUACAGCUUGUGUUUACCGUGACCGCUUUAACAAUGGCCGGUAUAAGGAGAGUUAACGGAAAAUACUCCGGUAUCAACCCAGUCGUGAGUUGCUGUCGCCUGCGUCAGGUUCAGUCUCUGCUCUGUGAUGGUGGUCCUUCAACUCCGGAUGGUAUACUCUGCUCUCUUGGGAUUGACAGCAGAUAUAAUGAAGGAUGCACGGAGCUCGCUAAAUAUCUGUUCUAUGGACUUUAUGGCAGAAAGCAGCUCAAUCUUGAACAUGCCCUUGAGGAAUUUCCCGAAGAAAUGCUUGAUGAUGUGAUCCUGCUGAUAAAGGCAGAGUGUGUUCAUCUGUACUGCAAUCCCCUGAACUACACUUAUCUGUUGCCGUACAUCUCUCACUGGAGGAACCUGCAUCUCUAUUGCAUGACAGAAGCAGAGUAUGAAGAUGAAGAAGCAGCAGAGGAAUUCAAAAUCUCCAGUUUUGUCACAAUGGUACAGGACUGUUAUCGCAUCGGCGUUCCUCACAGUUCCCAAGGACACAUCCAGAAGUUUGAUAUGUUUAUGGUGGAAAAGUGGCCACUGAUUCAAGCGUUUGCCCUGGAAGGCAUUGGUGGAGGGAGCUUUUUUACCAUGAAAUACAAGUUGAUGGACAUGAGUGAGAAACUGUGGCAAGUUUACAACAGACUCGAUCCGGUGUCUUUGGAACAUUUUCUCACAGAGGACUUGGGUAACUUUGAAAAGCAGUGGAAUGGCUUCUUCUCCAGCAUGGACCUGGAGAGUCAUCUGUCCAUCUUGGAGCUGUCUGAAGCUCAGGCAGGGGAGACAUUCCGUACUUAUUACUCCCAUGGAUUGAUCUCAAGCAAUAUCACAGACAAAAGUAAAAGUCAGCAGCCCUUUGUGCUAUUUGGGAGACACUCCUCCUUAGAGGAUCUGGAAAACUAUUCAUUCAACUUUCCAUCUGAGAGUCAUCAGGUUCGCAACACAGGGCCUGAAGGUUCCACUGCCAGACACAUGGUUCUUCAGUGUGUAGCACCCAAAGGACCUCUAGCCUGCUCAAGAACCUAUUUCUUUGGGACCACCCACACUCCAUACCUUGGAAAUGAAAACGUGCAGCAGAAGAAUACAGACGUCUUAAUUCUGUCCCAGAUUUAUUCAGCUGUUGUUCAAGCCGUCCUGUCGGGAAUCAAAUGCUACUCGUCUACCUCCAGUCCAACCAAGGCUAAGGAUGUUGCAGAGAACACCUUCUUGAUGACUUUGGACUCAAUGAAUUUAAGUCAAUAUCGCAGCCAUCUAAGAUCCAAAUGUGAAUUCACGAUUCAAGCAGUGAAUAAUCAAGGAAGGAUAAUGCUGCUGACUGAUGAAGACAGCCGUUAUGUUGUAAAAACAGCGUCCAUGACCGUCCAUAACAUUCCAGACCUGCAGAGGGACAGGGACAACCUGGGAUCUGUCGUCUUCUCUGAGUCCUUCUUGGAGUCCAGCAUCAACAUUCAGCAGAAAGAUGGCACUGUGUCCUCGGACAGCUGCUACACCGUCCUCACUACAACUGUGCCUCGUUACGCCUGCUGGCUGAUGGAAUCUGAUGUAAAGCAGUCUGAGCAAGCUCAUCAGCUUACAAAGAAAGAGGAAGGUUCUUGUUUGGGAACAGCUCUGACUGUAGCAGAUGCUGCAUAUGUGUUCUCCAGUAGUCACCUCUCCACACCUGAAGAAGGCAAGAUUGUGUUCUUCUCUGAGGGAAUCCUCUUUAUCCAUUCUCAAUAUGGGAGCAUCACCAUUUCCAAGGAUCACAUCAGCUCUCUCAAGUUCUAUGAUCCGGAUACCAGUGCCGUGGCUUCUCUUUUUGUGGAGUAUGAGAAAAGCCUGCUGCCCCACCUCCCGUUCCCUCUCCACAGCGCAGACCAGUGUCUUGUAUUUGCUCUUCAGCCUCGUUCUAAGAGCCACAGGGCCUUCUAUUCCAAAGUUUUGUCGAUUUGGCAAAACUCUGAGUCUGUGUUGACUCUGGAGUUGGUGGACCAAGAAAAGCUAAACUGGAACCAAACAAACAUGCACUCCAAACUGCAGAAGCUGCAUGACAGUCAGGAGCCACCGGUAGCAAAACGCAGAGGCAGCAUGAAGACUUCCUACUCUCAGCUGCCAGAACAGGACAUGUUUCUCCAGCACUUUGCCCUCAGUAGCAUUGGUCAGGAGCCUAUUUUGUUUGACCACUUGGGGGCACUCUUCCCCUCUGCUGAGCUGCGGAAACCAGCCACCAGUCAAGGAGACAAGGUUGUCAUAACCAUCAUCACUGGACUGCCGGGAAGCCAUAAGAAGAGACUCUGUGACUUCCUGGUGAAGUUUAGCAAGGAACAUGGAAGGUGGGUGGUAUAUGAGCCUGGUCCUGACAGCUGUGACAGCUUCUCAGCCUCUCACCUCCAGCAGUACUUGUCUAGCUUCCUGGAGAGCCAGAGAGGCCCAAGAGGCAAACCCCGUCUGCUGGUGCUCUCACUUGGAUACACAGAUGUUCUGGAUGUGGUCCAGGCUGUGCUCUUCCACCCGGACCCUGUCGUCCAGGCGUGUUUCACCAUCGGAGCUGUCACUGCCUGUGUGGACCCCCUCUCCUCCUGUAUGGAGCACAGGUUUGCCUUUCCCAAGCUGUUGGAGCAGUGCAGCCAAGGUAUUGUGAGUACAGUGGUGUUCACCGGGCUGACAGCAGAGCAGAAGCACCCUCUCAUGCAGCAUGUUCAGCAGUUGGUACGCUCUGCCAACCCCACCGCAGCCUUCAUACUGGCAGAGAGAGGAGCUGUCACAAGGAAUGAAGAUGUGAAUCUGAUAUUGUCUGAGAGUUGCUUCAAUGAGCCGCAGAUGCUGAGAGCACGUUAUGUCCUCUACCCUGGAUGGUGCAAAGGGCGCUUCUUCACUGGUUCUGGGUCUGUGGUCCUCACUCAGCAACGCGUGGCAUUCACCCGGCCCCUAGAGAGGCCUCUAUUUGUCACCCGCUGUAAAGCAUUUAAGUCAUCACUGAGGCAAAGCCCCUUCCAAGGAAAUGUGUACAACAUCUCGGGAAAGGUUCGAUUUUCAGACUCGGACCAAAUGAUGGAGGUGACCUUCAACACAGUGAGCGGGAAUCUGAGCAUUGUCCCGAACCACAGCAGCGAACUUCUGACCCCGCACGCUGGAGAGACCAACGCUUCCUGUUUCCUGAUCUUUGAUGGCGUCGGCCUCACUGAAGACGGACUGAAGGACUGGCUCCGACUGUGUGCGAAGCAGAAGCAGGCAAAGAAGAUUAAGAGGACAAAAAAUACCCUCUCGCCACAAGAAAUCAAGACCAUACAUAUGAGCAGGCAUUUGGCGCCGCUCCCACCAGGCUACUUCUACAAUGGCUACCAGUAUGUCGACAUCUUUGGAGAAAAAAGGAUCUUCCAUCCCAACAUGGAUGAGUUCAUUAAUGAGUACAUCGCCGAAGCCAACAAAGAGAUCGAGCUUUUUAACCGUCAGCUGGAGCUGCAGGGACAGCCUGACCUGUUUGAUCCGUGAUACAAUCUGCCUGUAUGUGCAUCUCCAUCUGUCUUUAACUCUGAGUGAACCACAGUGGGAGGGACAGGGAGGGCACGGGGUUAUUCACUCAACAUUCCAUUCGAAUGUUUAAUGUGUGCUCACAUGCAAAUGCAGAAACUGAUGCUGCUAAAAGUCCAUUCAUUAUUACAACUACGUCACUUUGUCUCAUUUGGUGAAACAGAAAAGUUUAAUGCAGCUGAGCUUUGAAACAGCAUCACCCAUCCAAAGUCACCUAACAGGCAGUCCAGUCCACCACAAGAGGAAAACUGAUGCAUUUACUUUUGUAAAUAUAGAAAAGUUAAGGAGAACUUAUCCCCGCAACCGAAGACAAAUAUGAAACAUAACGCAACACAAGAUUCCAUCUUUAAACCGAUGUGAUUACGGCACUAAGCCUGCGAGUUAUGAGUCUUGCACAAUUGAAGGGAAUUUCCAACCGCACACUCUUGCAGCUUGUGCGUUUCUGUUUAUCACAGUUGGCAAAUUAAUGCCUCUAUUUCUGGACCGGCAUGGAUAGCCGUGUGAUACUGGUGGGCUCCCUCAUGGGGUUUCUCAAGAACUGCUCCUCCUCUGUUGUCAUCCAAUCCAUGGCCCACCUGUUAGCUUGUCUGCGUGCCACGCUGCAGCAGAGGGAGCGCUUGGCCAUAGAGCCGUAAACAUUGGACAGCCUGUUGGCUGACAACUGAUGAAUGAUGCCAUUAAUCACAUAGCUAUAAGCCGUCCGAGUGCUUUAUUUAAGACUCCUAAAGUGAAUCUAAUGAAAGUGCAAUAAAGCAGACUUCACUCCCUGAAGCAAAGUGUCGUAGUUAUCAAACAGCUGAGGCCAUCACAGACACAUUGAAUCACUGAGGUUACAUGUCCUCAAGACUCUUGUCUUUACAGAACUGUAUUCUGUUUUGUUCUAGAGCUGCUGACACAAAAAGCACAGCCUCAUGCAGUCUAGUGUGGUUCACCAGUCACAGUUUGAGUUAAAUGUUCAUUCACUGUUCUGGGUACAUUUACCUUUUAAUUGUUUGGGUCACUGUGUUUGGUUGGGUAAGGGUGAAAUGAAAUAAUCUGGAAGCUCCAGAUGUGGGUUACUGUUCGGUGAGGUUGGGGUUCACAUGAGCAGAGCCGUUUGAUGAAAAUGUAAGGUGAGGCUCUGUGUCGGUGGUGUGAUGUUGCAGAGAAUCAGACUUUGUGUUCUGUCUAAAUGAGUAUUUAUGCUACUGUUUGCUCUGCGAUGGUGUGUGUCACACUGAUGUUCUAUGCAUGUCUUCCUCUUACCAAGGUUCCUACACAGCUCAUAAUUCUGCAAUUUAAAGAAAAAUCCACGUAAUGUUGUUUUUAUAAAAAAAAACAACUGCAAAUUUGAACUUGAAAAUGUUGGACUCAAACUCUAUAAACAUCUGAAUGUUAAGGACAAAAGUGGAUGACUCAUAUGAUGGAAAUGUGUAGGAGCCUUGGAACAGUGAAUAGAUAUUUGAUGACUUUUAUUCACCAUGGGGUCAGCAGUGGAACGUACGGUCUAAUCAACAGGCUUUGCUGCAAUAAGUGCUUCUUAAAUGGCACGAUAUAUUUAUUGAAUUUUAUAUAUUCUACCAAAAAUGUCGCUGAGGUUUUUCAGAUAAGAGAGGCAGACGUGAACGCCUCUUGACAAUUAUUUGAUUCCUCUCCCAAUAGAUAUUUUAAGGCCGUUGGUGACCUCAGUGUAUUUUGGGUUUACAUUCCCAAUGCUGGCUAUGUAACACUUUUCAUGUUUGUCUGUCAACGCUGUCAACAGACCAUAAAAUAGAAGGAAUUAAUAAUUUUCUUUUCGGCUGGCAGACGGACAAAGAGUCAAGUGUUAGUCGUCGACUUAUUUACUUUCCCAAAUGUGACCUGUGAACUAUUCAGAACUCGCCCUGAUACUGCUGGCCCCAUCUCUCCACUGCGUAGAGAACUCUUUGAAGCCAUACCAUCUUUAAAUGUUCCACUGUCUUUUACGGAGGAAAAAAAAAACCAGACUAGAUUAGCACGAUUACAUAUGAUGUGAACGGUCUAACAUGUAUUACCCUGGCAGGUCCCGGAUUGCCAGUAAAAGAGGGGUACGACUGAGCGAAGCUGACCCCAAAGGUAGUUUCUGUUUCCCAUGAGCACCUUCCAUCCAGUCCUUUCCUUUUACUCUAUAACAGAAGUGCAAUUGUACCUUGUGUUUUUUUUUUUAUAUGUUCUACUUGCCGUGCCCUCAUAUCGCUCUUUAAGGACAAAGCUGAAGAAUCAAACGAGCUGCUAAAUUCUCCGUCUCUCACAGCUUGUAGUCUGCCAGAUUCUGGCUUCGAGCGCUCGUAGCUCGCAUAGCACUAGAAAGGGUCUUAAUAACGCUGAAGGGGUUUGCGGCAAAAUGAGAUGCCAUUUAAAAUAAGUGAUACUUUCGCUCACAGAUGACUGAUAGAACACAAUGCCAGCAGAUUAGGCAGCUUUUUUUCUUUUUUCCUCUCCCGUAGCGGAGCAGGAUAAUAUUUAACUGAAAUCCUUUGUUGACGGAACGAUAACUCUUAUUGAAGCUCUAUUUAGUGUUUCAGCGAUGCUCUCUCAAAGCCGUCUGUUUGGAGUAGCGUUCACUCUCCAGUUACGUAAUACUGCAGAGAGUUACCUUUGAUUGACAGUGAAAAUGUGAGGCUGACGUAUGAGAGACUGAAAGUGCCACGGCUUUGAAACCUGCUGCUCAUGUUAAAGAGCAGCUCAACGAAAAAACCGAACCCACCAAAAGACCAAAAAGGUCGUCCUUAAAGAGUCGAGGGGUAUGUAAGGUAUUUGUGCUAUUGAAAUCAACACUAACACAUAUAUACACACAAACACAUACAUAUAUAUAUAUAAAUAUAUACAAAGCUAUUACUACUACUACUACUACUAGAAGUACGUCUACACUCUUUUGCAUGUGUUGAGAUGUCAUGUGACUAGGAUUACACAUAGAGUAUAUCCUGACAAAUUUGCCUUUCACCAAACUGGUACAACAAAGAGAAAAAUAAUCACAUCUAUUUUACUUGUCUGCUAAAGAUUUAAAUUACCUCAAAACAACGCAGAGUAUUUUUAUAAGACUGUGAAUUGAACACUAGAUGCUAACAAAACAUCUCCUUUCGCACAAGCUACAAAACAAAAAAAAAAAAUGCAAAAGAAGAUGCAAUUUCUUUUGGUGAAGUUUCAAAAAAAAAAAAAAACUUU